UACUCACCUUCUUUAUAAAUCUCUUCAAUAUGACCACACUGUUCUCUGUAAAAAGUGCAUACAGUGGGUCACACUCACAACACAAAACCUACAAUCCCAUCAUACAUUUCUUCAACAAACUCCAUAAUUUUUAAACAAAAAGUUCCUACAGUCGAUACCCCUACCAAAUGGUCUCAUCGGACAAGAAAUUGGCUAACGUAGUAGGAGGAAAAACGGCAAGAGCUUGUGAUAAUUGUAUAAGAAAGCGUGCUCGGUGGUAUUGUGCUGCCGAUGACGCUUUCUUGUGCCAAUCGUGUGAUGCUUCGGUUCAUUCGGCCAACCCGUUGGCUCGUCGUCACGAAAGGGUUCGUCUAAAGGUGGCUUCUUUGAAGCUUUCUUCUUUGGAGAAACCAGCACCACCGCCAUGGCACCAUGGUUUUACCAAAAAACCAAGAACUCCUCGUGGUGGGAACCACCACAAGCAGGCGUCUCGACGGACGCCAAAAUCUGAAGAAAGCAGUAUGAGUUUCAAUCCACUUCACUUAGUUCCGGAGAUCGGUAGUGAUGAGACCACCGCCGUGACAUCCGAUGAGCAACUUUUGUAUCAGGUUCCGAUCUUUGACCCCUUUGCCGCGGAACUUUGUCUUUCCGGGAAUUCAAACGAGGUGGCAACGCCUGUGAAAGACACGGAGGCGACAACUCCGGUGGACGCAGAUCAUAAUAAUGGAUCGAAAGUGACGUUCGAUUUGAAUAGUUUCAAUGGGUUGAUACUUCCCUCCGAUAUGGAGCUGGCGGAGUUCGCCGCUGAUGUAGAAAGUUUACUGGGAAAAGGUCUUGAUGAGGAAUCGUUUGCUAUGGAAGGAUUAGGGUUGUUGGAUUGUAGAGAGAAGGAUUCGGGUGGCGAAAGCUUAGAGAGAGUGAAGGUUGAAGAAGAUCAGAUGCAGUGUGAAACGGUGGAGAAUGAGAUGGAGAUGAUGAGAGAGCCAUUUCAGUUGAGCUUUGAUUACGAUUCACCGUUAUGGGAGGAAAAAGACGAGAAGUUGACGGUGGAAGGUGGUGUCGGAGAUGGUAUGGGUGUGGUGAAAGAGGAUGAAGAUUAUCAUGUGGUUAUCAAUAUAGAAAGAUAUGAUGAUGAAAAUAAGAAGCAAAAAAGAAUAUUAAAGCUAGAUUAUGAAGGAAUCAUUGCCGCUUGGGAUGAGCAAAGAUCACCAUGGACAACCGGAGAUCGGCCGGAGUUGGAUCCCGAUGAUUGUUGGCCUGAGUGCCUGGGUGGAUGUGGGAUAAUGCAUCAUCAGCAUCAUCAUCCUUAUGGAGAUAUGGGAAUGAUAACGGGGAAUCCGGCAAUUUUAGAUGGAGGGAGAGAGGCAAGGGUGUCAAGGUAUAGAGAAAAGAGGCGAACAAGGUUGUUUUCGAAAAAAAUAAGAUACGAGGUACGAAAACUGAAUGCAGAGAAGAGGCCUAGAAUGAAAGGAAGAUUUGUGAAAAGGUCAUCUUCUUCCGGGUUUCCAUUGCUUAGCAAAUAAUUAACUAUAACAUAUAUUGCUAACAUAUCCAUCUUACAAUUUUGUAAGGUAAGUUCUAUGCUUAAUUAGGUCUUUCUAAUUAAGAAUGUUCAUACAAAUUUAAUAAGGAAUAGAAGAAAAAUAAUCGUGUUUUCCAAUUUGUGUGUUCUUUUAAUGAUGAUGGAUUGCUUCAGCUUUGUUGCUUUAUAAGGGAGACUGGAUUCCAUCCAUUAUUUAUCCAUCAAUUGCAUCGAUUAAACUGUUCUCUAGUAAAAGAAAGGAGUUGACGCAAAUUUGCACUACCUGGUGGACACAAAUUAGAUCUAGCAAAGUCAUUUGGCAUCAUGGAUCGAACUUUAUUCUAAUAUAACUUCCAAGCCUAGGUGACCCACAUGUACCAUUCUUUCUUGUUUCUUGGUCUCUACCGAAUAUGCUCCUCAGUCAUCUCUACUAUCUUCUAAUUAACACAAUAAAAGAUGAUACUCACUUUUUAUCGUCACCGCUUGUCUCUUAGCACACAUAUUCAUACGACGGUUACUGUAAAUACUAUGAGAAAACAAUAUGUUUUUUUUUACAAAACGAUAUCGAGUUAUAUGUUAUAGGCAGUGAAGGAGUGAAGAUCAAGGUAAAGGAGUAUCCUAAUUUUUGUAGGGUAGUCCAAUUUUUUUAGGAGGUACUUGGGUUUUCAGAAUUCGGUUUUAAACCCAAAUCUUAAUCGCAUGGCCGUGAAAAAAUGUAUAUAUAAACUAAUUCCCACAAGUUUAAAUUAAAAUUUGAAAACUAUAUGUCAAUAAUAAACUUGAACACACACUUUAAUGAAUUAAAUAUGUACCCAACUGGAGUAGAUAAUAUCAAUAUAUGUUGUGUAUGGCAUUUAUUUAAAUAAUUUUCUUAUAUAAAACAUAAAAUGAAAACCAUGGUAGAAUAUGAAAUAAUCUGAAAAGUUCAGAGAAAAAAGAUGUAAAUUAUCAUUUGAAAUGGGAUACUACCCUUCUUUCCAAUAUACCAAUAUACGAUUCUUAUAAGUUGUUAAGAAAAAAAGGUCUGGAAGACAUGUGCACCUUACCACUUGAUGUAUAACUAUCUUGAUUUUAAUCUUUUGCAGUUUAUUUAAUAUGUGAAUACCUGCAAAAUUAAAACUAAUUGUUCUUAAGAAAAUUACACUAUCGAAAAAAUUUGAGGGACAUCCCGGGCUACCCCAGGAUCUCUUUAGAUCCGCCCCUGGUUAUAUGUAGUGUUUAUAUUUGGCAAUCUCCAUACUACAACAUCUAUAUGUUUUGAAGUACUAAAAACAUCAGAUUAGCAAACGGAAAUCUAAACCAAUUGAAACCUAACGCUUGACACAAUACAAAUAUUUGUUGUUCCUUUGUAAAACCAAUGGAUGUCGUGCUCAUACUAUGAGGGUGGUGCAUGUAUCUCGAAUAUUUUAGAUGAUGGUCAAUUUGUAGAUGCGUUUGGUGUGUUGGUGUUGAACGAGAUUAGUAGAUAGGUAUAUUUUGUGACAUCCCGAAAUUUACUUCCAUUUUAAAACUUUAAAUUUAUGUUUAUUUAAAAAUAGAGUG